ACAGAGGGAAGCCAGUGGAGAGAAGCCCUGGAAAGAAGCUGUGGACAGGGCCUCAUUUGUGACCAGGUUCAGCUUCUCCUUAUCAGGGCUGCCUUCAACCAGUAGGGAGGUUGGGGGAGACUUCCCAGCCAUGUCAGAGCUUCUCCAGCACCAGGCCCCUCUCACCACUGAGGAGCUACACAGUGGCAGUGAGAUUUCAGAGGAAUUUCUCAAUAGAAAAAGUGAUCACCAAUGGGAGGAUUGUGAAAAAGCUGCCAGCCAUAACCAGAACUUUGUUCAACAUCAGGGUGUCUGCUCUGGAGAAGGGAAAUAUGAGUGUAAUAUAUGUGGGAAAGUUUUUACAUGUAACUUUAACCUCAAUAGACAUAGGACAGUUCACACUGGAGAAAAGUCCUAUAAGUGUACUGAUUGUGGGAAGCUGUUCAAACACAGGUCUUCCCUCACAAAACACUACAGAAUUCACACUGGAAUAAAAUCGUAUGAGUGUAGUGAAUGUGGGAGGGCAUUCAAUCAAAAAUGUCACCUCACUAAACACCACAGAAUUCACACUGGAGAGAAACCUUACAAAUGUAGUGAAUGUGGAAAAUCAUUUUCGUGUAGUUAUGAGCUCUUUAUCCACAAGAGAGUUCACACUGGAGAAAAGCCUUACAAAUGCAGUGAAUGUGGAAAAUCAUUUAGCCGCAGUUCUGUCCUCUUUAACCACCAGAGAGUUCACACCGGAGAAAAGCCUUACAAAUGCAGUGAUUGUGGGCUGUCCUUCAGGCAGUACGCUAACCUCAGUAGACACCGCAAAAUUCACACUGGAGAAAAACCUUAUCAGUGCAGUGAAUGUGGGAAGUCCUUCCAUCGUAGGUCUUACCUCACUAAACACAUUAAAGUUCACACACGACAAAAACCAUAUAAGUGUAGUGAAUGUGGUAAAUCUUUUAAGGAAAGUAGUCACCUCGUGAUCCACAAGAGAGUGCACACCGGAGAAAAGCCACAUCAAUGUAGUGAUUGUGGGAAGUGCUUCCGUCAAAGCUCUAACCUCAUUCAACACCUCAGAGUACACUGCAGGAAAACCUUAUGAGUGUACUGAAUGUGGGAAAUCUUUUCGGCACAACAGUUGCCCACUUACCCACAAGAGAGUUCACACUGAACAAAAGCCAUAUCAAUGUAGUGAUUGUGGGAAGUGCUUCAAUCAAAAGGCUAACCUCGUUUGACACCACUGAGUUCACACUGGAAAAGGUCCUCAUGAGUGUAGUGAAUGUGGAAAAUCUUUUCACCAGAAAUCUGUCCUCAUUCAACACUUGAGAGAACACACUGGAAAAAAGCUUUAAUUGUGCAGAGAAUGUUUUACUUUCGCACUCAGAAGAACAACACCAAAGGAGAAUCUUUUUCCCCCAUUUACCUGAAUGCAAACCCCUUUAUCAGAACAUACACUCUGCUAGAUGCCUCCUAAAUUUCAGGUAUAAGUGACAUUUUCAAAAACUGGAUACCACUUGCUAAUCUACUCAAUUCUACAACCGGAUUUAUGUCACUGGAAGAAUUUGUUUGGAAGCUCUUUCAUCCCCACCACCUGGCUCACUUGAAGAGUGUGCAUUCGUCACAACCCUUGCAUGUUCUGGGGUUGUGCAUGAGAAGAUUAUGAAUAUUCUGAGCUCCUGGGUGAAUCUUUAUCCUUUAUUUCUGACCAGAGAUUGACCUGGCCCAGGUUUUGUCCAGAGCCCACUUCCUCCACCAAGAAGUGCUACCUCUCUCAGGGACAUUGUGCGUGUCACAUUAUUCUGUGAUGAAGUAUUUCAGGUUCCAAUUCAUCAACCUGCAAACCUCUUGCUGUCCUUUGCUUGAGUUUAUGAUCUUUAUGUAAAGGUAUUUUUUCUUUUGUACUUUAAUUUUGUUGGUUCUAUUCUCUCCCUGGGAUGAUUGAAAGGAAAGUUGUGAUGUAUCAACAUGGACAGGUGAACAGAUAUGGUGGGGUCCCAAACUUUCUGUGCUUUGGACGGCACAACUUGAUGGAAAUUAUUCUUUGUUCAAUAUUGGCUGAUUUUGUAUUGCCGACCAAGGCUUUGAGGGAAAGUGUGCAUGACUUUGUGGUUCUAAUUUUCUGUCUGGUGCCUCUUUUAUUGUAUAGGUCAAUGGUUGCCCUGAACAGACAGUGUUUAUUGUGCUCCUGUGAACAAUAUGAAUGAUAUUCCCCGUCAUAAUAUGUAUUACAUAUGUGUCAGCAAUGUUUAGGGGAACUACUCUCCACACUCUCUAAAGAGGCCAUGUGUCACAAUGUAUGAAGUUUCAUAGGCUGGUGUCAUUUGUUGUAAGACUCUGAGGUGGAAUUAGUAUUGAGACAGAAACACUGUUUUCAUAGUCAUAGCAGACACUGCAAUUAAACUAGAUGAAAAGUGCCUCUUCUGGACAUAAGUCCAAAUUAUUCCAGGGCCUGUGGCUUGUAUGAUCUUUGAGACCGUUCUGAGGACCUCCAUCACUAUUUCCUAUAACGAGUCACUGGCAGACAAAAUAAUCAAACCAGAUGGAGGUGAGGGGAAGAGACAGACAAACAUAGAUCUGCAGCCUCCUACAUGCCCCCUACUGGGAAUGCAUUUGGGAUGUGCACUGACCUGAAUCAAACCAGAAACUGUUCAGUGCAUGGGAUUACACCCAAGCAGCUGAGGGCACUGGCCAUGGCAGAAUUUAUUCUUAUAUUAUUAUUUUCUCUUUUAAAUUUUUUAUUAUUUUUUAAUUUUUUAAAUAAAUCUUUAUUGUUCAGAUUA